AUGAUCAAGCAAUUAGUAACCAACCAUCCAGUCCUGAGGUACUACAAAGUAAACGAGCCUGUAAAGAUACAGUGUGAUGCGAGUGAAGUCGGUUUGGGAGCAACGCUUCUGCAGAAAGGGCAACCUGUGGCCUAUGCCUCGAGGUCGCUGACAACAACGGAACGCAGAUAUGCACAGAUCGAAAAAGAAUGUCUUGCCAUUCUUUUUGCCUGUGAACGUUUCGAUUUGUAUAUCUGUAGAAGAGAAAGAGUAGUUGUCGAAUCAGAUCAUAAGCCACUCGAGGUAAUUUUCAAGAAGUCCUUACUAACCGCCCCUCGACGUCUUCAGAGAAUGUUGCUGAAGCUGCAGAAAUACAGCUUAGAUGUAAGUUACAAGAGAGGAAAGGAAAUGUAUCUGGCCGAUACACUCUCACGAGCCUCAUUACCCGAAACUGGUAGCGGCAGCAGCAAGAUGAAAACAGUGCAGAUUUUCCACAUCAGCCAACAGACCAAAGUGGAGAAAGAAGUGGAAAGUGUGAAUCAUACGUCAUUCCUGAACGUAACAGCAGAUAGACUUAAACAAAUACAGCAGCAUACAGCGCAAGAUAUGGUCCUACAAGUAUUAAAGACCACUAUUCUCUCUGGCUGGCCUGAGACACGACAAGAAGUGCCCAUAGUGAUCAGAGAUUACUGGACUUUCCGAGAGGAAAUGACGGUUCAGAAUGGUGUUAUCUUUAAGAGAAAGAGAAUCGUCAUUCCUAAAUCAAUGCGACCCGAGAUGUUACAGCGGAUACACUCAAGUCACCUUGGAGGAGAAUCCUGUUUGCGAAAGGCGCGAGAUGUGCUGUACUGGCCUAAUAUGAGCGCAGAAAUCAAGGAUAUGGUCGAAAAGUGUACUACGUGCAAUGAAUAUCAGCAGGCGCAGAAGAAAGAACCGUUGAUGACACACCCUAUUCCUGAAUGCCCAUGGAGCCGUAUUGCCAUGGAUAUCUUCACACUACAUGGAGAAGAUUACCUUAUCACUGUGGAUUUUUAUUCAGAUUUUUGGGAAGUUUUGGAUCGUUUGGUUGACAUGACAGCAGCUACAGUAAUUGAACACUGCAAGGUGCACUUCAGUAGACAUGGAGUGCCCGAUGUUGUCAUGACGGACAAUGGUGGACAGUUCGAUAGUAGAGAUUUCACUAGUUUUGCUAAAGAUUGGGAAUUUGAACAUACAACGUCAUCACCAUAUCAUAGUCAAUCUCAUAGAAAGGUUGAGGCCGCAGUAAAGAUUGCGAAGAGGCUAAUGAAAAAAGCCAAGCGAAGUGGUCAAGAUGUGUGGAAAGCUAUUCUUGACUGGAGGAAUACUCCAACUGAGAGCAUGAGCAGCUGUCCUGUUCAGCGUCUCAUGUCUCGCCGGACACGUACGCUAUUACCGACAGCAAGUCAGUUACUUAAGCCUAAAGUUGAGGAGGGAGUUCAAGAAAAGAUUAAACUGAAGAGACAAAAGGCUAAACGGUAUUAUGAUAGAGGUUCAACAAGCUUUCCGGAGUUGGAGAAAAAGUUAGAGUAAAGCCAUCUGUGGUUAAGAAAGAUGGAAGAUGGGAACUUGGUGCGUGUGUGCAGAAGUCCGAGCCUCGUUCAUAUAUUGUGAAUGUUGGUGGAAAAUUGUAUAGAAGAAAUAGAAAGUUCCUGAGAACUUCGAAAGAGAAAGAUGUUGAGCAGAGUAUCCCUGAAGAAGUACCGGAACCCCAACCAGUUUCAAAUGGUCCAGUAGAGACCAAUUCCGAGAGUACAACCCACUCAAGAAUGUUGCAGAAAACUCCAGAUAAGUCAAUUACGUCACCAAGGAACAGUUUGGUAAGUGAACCGACUGAAACAAUGACUGACAAUCAAUCUUGUGAAGGAACACAAUCAACACCUAAUGUUGAACGACACACAAGAACUCGAAAGAUUAGACAACCUAAACGUUAUACUGAUUUUGUCAUGAAGUAG